AGUUCAACACCCUAUGCUUGCUUGGAUUGGGAACCAUGGCCACCACUGCUUCUUCCCUCUUUUCUCUGCCUACAACUCCUCCUAAACCUCACAGAACAACAGCUCGUUUUUCAUGCCCUAAUUUCCUUCAACCAAAAUUCACCCUCAAAUUCCCCAGAUUGGGGGUUUCUUGUUCAAAAGAAAAGGGGUCAAAAAAGGUGUCCCCUUUUGUGAUUUCUUGCUUGGUUGAUGAUAAUUUGAAUGCAGAAGGGUCUUUUGGUGAUGCUGAAUCAAACCCUAGAGCAACUAUUGACCUCAAACUCCCGAGAAGAAGCUUGUUAGUGCAAUUUACCUGCAAUGCUUGUGGCGUAAGAUCACAAAAGCUCAUAAACCGACUAGCUUAUGAAAAAGGGAUGGUUUUUGUUCAGUGUACAGGAUGUGAACAGUAUCACAAACUUGUUGACAAUCUAAAUCUUGUGGUGGAGUACGACUUUCGGGAGGAAAUCAAUGCGAGUCCGGAUGCAGAUCAUGGGUUCUAAUAGUGGUGCUACAAAAAAAAAAGCAAGAAGGAGAAAACUGUAAAGCCGUCUAUGAAGCAACUUAUUGAAGGUAAAGAAGUCGGUGUAUAUCGAAGAAGGAUUUGGUUGUUAUUGAGAAGCUAAAACCUGUUGGUACUUGUGUUUUGGGGUCUGUUCAGUUGAAUAAGAAUGUAGUGUUUAUUGUUUAAUACUAAGAUUUCGAGGGAUUGGAAUGUGGGUCGAAAGAAAUUCCUUUUUAAACAGCGGGACGUAAAAAGAGCUGCUAAUGACCA